AUGGGCCUGAAGGACCAUCUGGAGGAUGAAACAGGCCACAUCCUCAACCUGGGGCUGGAUUUGGACUACCUCCACGUGGAAGGCACCGACCGCCAGGCCAGCUUGAGUGCCACAGUCGGCACACACUCAGGAGCCUUGGAGGGGGACGAGACGGAGGUAGGAGGCACCCAUAGCAGUGUCAGUAGUAGCAGCAUCAGCAGUAGUAGUAGUUGUAGUAACUCCUCUGAAGAGAGUGCUGCGUCGGACAGCGAGGAUGAGCGGGGGGUCCAACAUGGCUCUGGUUCUGACGCUCAUACCACCCACCCGCACCCCUGUCACCCUGCUAGGCAGGGCCUGGCACAGAGCCCCCAUUCUAGGGACCCAAAACACUCCACCAACCCCUUCACAGAGUACCGCUCCAAGAUGGAGUUUGCCCUGAAGCUGGGCUACUCUGAGGAGCUGGUUCUGCUGGUUGUGCGGAAGCUAGGGCCUGACGCCCUCAUUAAUGACAUACUGGGAGAACUGGUCAAACUGGGCACCAAGUCAGAGACGGAUCAGGCUGGGGGGUCGGCCACCUCCCACUUGCCCUCCUCCUCCUCCUUAUCCUCCUCCUCUCUGGACUCCUGCAGGCUGGACUGCUCCUCCCAGCUGCUGUUGGAUGACAAGGAGAACAUCAGGCCUGUGGUGGUGGAUGGGAGUAAUGUAGCCAUGAGCCAUGGGAAUAAGGAAGUGUUCUCCUGUCACGGCAUCCAGCUGGCUGUUGAUUGGUUCCUGGAGCGUGGUCACCGUGACAUCACUGUGUUUGUUCCCGCCUGGAGAAAGGAACAGUCCAGACCGGACACCCUCAUCACAGACCAGGAGAUAUUGCGGCAUCUAGAGAAAGACAAGAUCCUUGUGUUCACUCCCUCUCGUCGGGUCCAGGGCCGCCGGGUGGUCUGCUAUGACGACCGCUUCAUCGUCAAGCUGGCCUACGAGUCCGACGGCAUCAUCGUCUCUAACGACAACUACCGGGACCUGGCCAAUGAGAAGCCAGAGUGGAAGAAGUUCAUUGACGAGCGGUUGCUCAUGUAUACGUUCGUCAAUGACAAGUUCAUGCCUCCUGAUGAUCCUCUGGGUCGCCAUGGUCCCAGUCUGGAGAACUUCCUGAGGAAGAGACCAGUUAUCCCAGAACACAGGAAGCAGCAAUGUCCCUAUGGGAAGAAGUGCACUUACGGCCACAAGUGUAAGUUCUUCCACCCUGAGAGAGGCAGUCAGCCCCAACGCGCUGUGGCCGACGAGCUGCGUGCCAAGAACUCCUCUUCAUCCUCUACCUCUUCCUCCAAAAGGGUGGGUGAGGCUCUGAUGGUGAAGAGUCACAGCAUGUCCAGCAGCUCCAGGGUAGACGGGAUCCCAGACCCCCACCAAGCUCCCCCAAAGAGGCAGUCGGACCCCAGCCUUUGCGCCCCCCCCUACAACGACCUCCUGGAAGAGCAUCUGGGCAGGAGGACUAAAGCAGAGGCCCGCAGAGGGAGUAGCAGCAGCAGUAGCAGCAGCUGCAGCAGCAGCCUCUUGGCUUCUGCUCCUGGGGGACCUCCUUCCAGCCACGGCUUCUCUCUUCAGGACUGGGGGAACACCUCCUCCAGAGCUCCAGGGCUGUCGGGGCUUGGUCACUCAAAGUCAUACUCCACGUGUGAAUCCCCGGAGCUAAGCUACCACUCCCUGAUGAGGGCCUACUCCAGCCUAAGCCUGGUAGUGCCGCGGAGCCCCGAUCGGCUGUUCCCGGCUGACCUACGGACGGGCUCACUGGUGUCUGACUGCAGCAGCGAGGGCAGCGUGAGCUCAGACUCCUUCUCCCCUGAUCCCCUGCUGGAUGACAGCCUCAAGUGCCACUAUCACCACCCCCAUCACCACCACCAUCACUGCCCUAGCUGCUACCCACAUCACCCCAACCACCCACCCCCUGGUCUGACCCAGCACCCCCAUGGAGGCUCCCACCAUGGCUACCCUCAAGCUCAAAGCAGCCUGGAGGAUCCUCCCUCCUCCCUCCACCACUUCAAGGCACAGCUCUCCUACCUUCCUCCCCAUAUUCAGCAACCGUCUGUGGGGAGCCACUCUGGCUGUUCUGGGAACUACCCUCCCCAAACUCUAUCCCAGACCUCAAGCCCCCACUCCCUCUCUCACAACUCUCCUCUGGGGCAUAACCUGGGGGGCUCCACCUGGCAGGACAACAACAGCCUCUACAAGCAAUCCCAUGUCCACCCAAGGAGGAUCUACCCUGGGCCAGGACAGGAGCAGCAACUGGCCAGAUGGGACCCCCACUACCAGCAUCCCCCCCAGGCCUGCUACGAACCUUUCACUUUCCAGUCCCUGCCUGAGGGCCGCAAACAACCCUGGCACUCGCCCUGGCCCAGGGGGACACACUCUCCCCAUCCUCAAUCCCUUUCCUCCUCCCAUCCUCCACCUCUUACCCACCCCUCCACGGCCCCCCAGCACCAGGAGCCCCCUGCCCUGGGCAGAUACCAGGAUGUGAGGGAGAAUGUGUUUGUCAACCUGUGUAACAUCUUCCCCCCAGAGCUGGUGAGGGUGGUGAUGGUGAGGAACCCCCAUGUGAUGGACGCCCAGCAGCUGGCUGCAGCCAUCCUGGCUGAGAAGUCCCAGGUUGGCUACUGA